CUGUCGGUCCAUUUGAGAUCCGUGAUUUACGCGCUUGCCUGCUUUUUCAGGUCGAAUGGCUCGCCUUCGAGGCCGAUCACAAGCCGACAGACAAUUCGGCCGAAGCCCUGUUUGGCAGGCCUGCCACGAACGCUGGGCUUUCUGCUGAUGAAGAUCUUAGCCAAGUGGAAAUGAAAAAUCUGGGAAGCGAUGACAAUGUGGUGCAGUAUGGGCACAGCGAUGCCCACGGCUCCGACGCGUACGGUCCGAACCUUGCUGGACAAGGUCUGUCUCAUAUGCGAUCGAUGGAUAGUCACAUGUACCCUCACAACGGGGCACGGAGCGUGCCGGGGUGGUCUGCUCACGGUGACGAGCAGGUAGCUCCUGAUCCUCAACAAUACGGAUACGACCCGACGUAUGGCGGAUACGACGCUUAUGGAGGCUACUAUGAUGCUGGACAGCAACCACCUCCUGCAUCGUACGACGCGCAUGGUCCAGGUUACGAAGUGAUGAUGCCCCCGUCACAAGAGUAUGGAGGGAAUAGCCUUUCAGCGCACAGUUCGCCCGCUACUGGACCUGUACAUGUCACGGGGCCCGGUGGGCUGGGCUAUAGCACAUCGGUGAAUGCACGCUCCGGCGCCGGUGGGCAUUCGCUGAGCAACUCGAUCAGUAUGAGAAGCAUGUCGAAUCAACCUCAUGCUCAGGCCUACUCGAACGACAUGCCAAUGAUGGAGCACAGCAAUAGCAGCGCAGCACAUUUGGCUCGUCAAGCAUCGGCAGGCACAGCUUAUUCUUAUCCGAGCGAUCAUCAGCACAACGCAAGACCGCCCAUGCCUCAGCGAUCAGGCACUACACUCAACGUCGUGCAGCCUGCUGGAGGACACUAUGGGCCGCAUCAUGGUGGAGAGCUCUCUCGCACCGGUACGCCCGACGAUACGGCCCUCGAACCACCAAGAGGCCCGCUUCACGUCGUCAACAAUGGCGAGUAAGCCGCCAGCAGCCAACCCUUUUCCCCCCUGCUGCGACGCGGUGCUCCUUCGCGCUCUCUGACUUUCCAAUUUGGAAAGAGAGAUCCCAUCACGUGCUCCGCCUUGAUUUGAGAGCACACUUUGAGCGAGACAGCUUUGCCAGAGCAACAAUGUAUAUAAAUCGCCUGCGCGUGAGAGGUACACGUAUCUGCUUGCUGAGAUGGGAGGCUACCAACUUAGCGUGUGUGUGUCUUGCUUGCAUGCAGUCGGAAUGAAGCGCAGGAGAGAUAUCACGGCUUGAUUUUGGCAAGCACAAUCAAGGGGUAUUCUCGUUGCGUUCCUUUCAAUC